AUGCUCAACAAUCUUGACCUCAAGCAUGGCGGAGGAUCGCCAUCCUCAAUCGCCAAAGAUCCCGAGUCAGUCGAGGUCUACGAGUACAACAAGUAUGCAGGCAUGGGCCUGACUCACGAAGAGGCCGACUUCUUUGAGAGCUUUUCUGCAGACCAGAGGAAAGCACUAGUCAGAANNAAGGUCGACUUGAGGCUCGUCCCUGUCCUUGCCGUACUCUACCUUUUCUCUCACAUUGACAGAGCCAACAUUGGCAAUGCGAAGAUUGAGGGUAUGAUGGACGAUUUGAAUAUGAGUGGUCUUCAGUACAACAUAGUGCAAGUCCACGUGUUUCUUCCUGAUCACGACCAUGAGCUAACUUCCAAUCACAGUCUCUCCAUUUUCUUCAUUCCUUAUAUCCUGCUAGAAGUACCAUCCAACGUCCUCCUGAAGAAGUUCAAGCGUCUUUCGACUUACAUCGGUAUCCUGGUUGUUACAUGGGGCACCAUCAUGACGAUGACUGGUCUUGUCAAGAAUUUCGCUGGCCUCAUGGUCUGCAGAGUGCUCCUUGGAAUCGCGGAGGCAGGCUUUUUCCCUGGUGCUGUGUACCUCAUCACUCAUUGGUAUGCCCAGCGAGCAGUCCAGACUCGUCUUGCCUUAUCUUACUGCGCUUCCGCUCUUUCUGGUGCUUGCUCAGGUCUUCUAGCCUUCGCCAUCUCGAAGAUGGACGGGCUUGGUGGAAGGCCUGGAUGGGCUUGGAUUUUCCUUCUUGAGUACGUCUAUCCUCUAGCAGAAGUCGUGGGAGGCUUCUCUACUUCUGAUUCCUUUCCCCAAAGCAGCAUACUAACCCUCCUCACAGGGNGUAUCGUCACAGUCAUCGUGGGCGCUGCUUGCUUCUUCAUUAUGCCCGACACACCUAUGCUAUCCGGUAGAUGGCUCAACGCAGACGAGCAGCGUCACCUGGUGCUCCAAAACAUCAUUGAGAACGCUGGUCGUGGUACAUCCGACGACGGCGAGAAAGCCGACAAGUUCAAGUGGUCUUACCUCAAGGAUCUGCUUACAGACUACAAAGUCUACCUUCAAGCAUCGAUUCUCUUCACUGCUUCCGUCUGCGCUUAUGGCCUCAAAUUCACCUUCCCCUCUAUUACUAAAUCGAUGGGUUACACUUCCUCGCAAGCACAACUCAUGACAAUUCCCNCCUAUGUCGCUGGCGCUAUUUCCGCAGUUGGGCUGUCCAAGCUUUCCGAUCGUUUCCAAUGGCGUGCUCCCUUCAUCUUUGGUCAGAUGGCCAUUGUAACUCUUGGUUUCGCCAUGCUUCUUGCACUCGCACCCAACAUCAAGCAUCAGAUCCCCGCAUGUUACAUCGGUGUCGUGCUUGUUUGUAUCGGCCAAUACCCAACCAACCCUGCAGGCUCUGCUUGGAUCUCGUCAAACCUUGCUGGUAAAUCAAAGAGAGCCAUGGGUAUUGCUCUGAAAAUUGCUCUUGGAAAUUGUGGUGGUAUUGUCGGAUCCUACAUCGUAAGCCUAAAUUUCCCUCUUUUCGAAUCUCCGAGCAACAUAAUAACGCAUGUCAACAGUNUCUUCGACAACGAGAAGCCGGGAUACCCCACGGGCUUCGGUAUCGGACUUGGUUUUGCCGCAUUCACUCUUCUCAGCACAGUCGUUCUCGAGCUCUCGUACAUGCGUCUUGACAAGAGGAGAGAUGCCUUGGAUGAGUCCGAGGUCAGGGAGAAGUAUAGUGAGGAAGAGUUGCAGAGAAUGGGAGACAAAUCGCCAUUGUUCAAGUACAAGCUCUAG